AUGUUGCGUCUCAGACUGUGCUCGUCCCAUCCCGUUAGUGGAGACAAUGAACACUUAGGAACAUCUGCACCCUGCAUCAGUGGGCCCUUGGGGAUGCAGAACAGGGCCAUCCCGGACAGCAGCAUCACGGCGUCGUCGACCUAUUCUAGUUACUACCCACGAAAUGCUCGCCUGAACAUAGGAAAUUACGGGUGGAGACCGCGUUACACAUAUGUGGGCCAUUGGAUCCAGGUCGACCUAGGUAAACCAACGGCGGUUACCGGGCUCACCAUGCAAGGCAGAUACUACGCUACUAGUUAUUAUGUUCGGGCAUUUUCAGUGCAACACAGCCUGACAGCGGACUCCAACGACUGGCAAAGCUUGUCUAACGACGGUGGGCAAGCUAUCACGUUCAGCUUGAGCAAUGGUGCAGCGAAGAAUGUCACCUUCCCGAUGGUACCCAUAGCGAGGUUUAUUCGCAUCUUACCAUCUCUGUGGUAUGGUUCCUGCUACAAUCUGAGAUUUGAGGUGCUCGGGUGUCAAGUUCCAGACGAUGGCUCGAUUAAAUUGGUUGACGGCGACGACGAAAGAAGCGGCCGUGUGGAAAUCUACCACCACGGCGAAGGUGCGAGCUGGGGAACCGUCUGCGCCAGCGACUGGGACAUCAACGACGCUGACGUCGUGUGUCGUCAGCUGGACCUCGGCGCCGCAGUCCAGGCUAAUAAAGCAUCGGAGUACGGGACAGGCGACUUGCCCGUCGUGAUGAACAAAGUCGCCUGUGAGGGGACAGAGAGCCGGCUGGCUGACUGUCCGUUUGUCUGCACCGCCUAUCAGCAGUGCAACAACUCCGACGUAGCCGGGGUAGUCUGCCUGCCCAAGCUAAACACCAUUCGGUUGGUGGGAGGCUCAAACUGUAGCGGCCGGGUGGAGAUCUACCGCAACGAGACAUGGGGCACCAUCUGCGACAACAAGUGGGAUAUCGACGACGCUACCGUGGUAUGCCGCGAACUGGGCUUCUCCGAGGCUGAAGAGGCCAAGAUGGGGGCCUACUUCGGGCAGGGCAGCGGCCCUGUCCACAUGGAAGGCGUAGCCUGUGAGGGCUCGGAGGAGGCGCUCGGCGACUGCCCGUCCCAGUGCUGGGAGGAGUCGACUUGCGGCCACGCCCAAGAUGCUGGAGUGGUCUGCCGUUACGAUGACGACAACAUUCUUGGCGGAAUUGGGGCUCAGUAAUAGGAGACACACUUCCAUUUGUUGAAACGUAUCCAUUAUACUCUGAUUCGUCAAGGUUUUGAUCGCCUGACGUUUUAAUAAACAUUGAUACUACAUGUAUACGUAUUAUCCGUACAAGGUGAGUCAAAAAGAAAGUGACCCAUAAUGCAAAUAAAAAUCUCAAAAAUAUGUGGCUUGCUCCAAUUUAUACAAAUUAACAUGGAUAAAGUACACAAUUAUUGACCAGAAACUGUGAAAAAUUAAUGUAAUUUGGGUACCAUGUUCACACAUUAUGUCUAAUUUAUACAACAUUACAAAAUUCAGCUGUCAACAUGAAUGAUCAUUUACCGUUCAAAUACAAUGAAACAAGGGAAUUUUCCUGCCUUCGUGAAUGAACGAAAAUUUGCACAGGUAAACGGACAAAGAAAAAUUACCAUCAUUAUUUCAGGGAAAAAAUCCUCAUAUUCAAAACACAAUAAUCAGGCAGUAAAAAUUAUGUCUCAAUCUUCAAGUUGACAACAACUAUCUGAAACGAUAGUAUCUGAGCUGAACGCCUGUGUGAAUUCUCCGGCUCUCACUCAAUAGCUUCAAAUUGUUCCACGGACAGCUGUACAGCUGUAAAAUGGAUUCUCUUAGUAGAGUAGGCAGAAGUUUUCGUAGCAUGGAUAAGUUUCAGUAACUCAUGUUUUUCAAGUGAAAGUAUUCUCGAUUGAUUAUUCUUCGCUUGUGUGUCCAAUUUCAUUGAUUUUAAGGUGAAGGAAAUCUUUCAUCCAUGUCACUUUCUUUUUGACACAUUCCUGUAGAGUACAAAGCGUGAGUGAACUAAUGCAUCACAAUGUUCCAUUAUAGUCACUAUAUUCUCAUGUAUUGGUAUCGAUGUACUCAAUUAAUUAUGUAAA